AUGACUGAGGCGAUCGUAAUCCCUGACUUCGACGAUGACGACGACCUCACCCUUCCUUCCUUUGGCCGUUCAGCGUUCGGCACGGGGACAGCCAGCAGCUCACCGGAGCCCGAUGUGUACGCUCCGCCGCCGCAACGGUCAGAGUCGGCCAUGUCGUUCGACCCGCCCAGCAGCACGCGCUUCUUCGGUUCCUUACCACGUCCAGGUACAUCCAAAGGCGCGAGCGGCUUGGGGCAGUCGGCGUCCUCGCACGACUUGGGCCUUGAUCCGCCGCCCGUCGCACGGCUCGGCAAGUUCUCGAACGGCUCGUCAUCAUCGCUGCUCGCUCAUGGUCCUCAUGGAUCCGGGUCAGGCCCAAGUCUACUCAGCACGCGGAAGGGCUCGUUUGCGUCGCUGAAGAAUGUGUUCAAGUCACAAGAUAAGCAGUCGAUGCCGGCUGUGCCGCCGAUGCCUUCAUCGCAGUCGUAUGCCCAACAAGGUCAGCCAGGUUAUCCGGCGUUACGCAACCCGUUCUCCCGCUUCGACACACCGCCGUCACCGCCGUCGGGGACGUCCUCCGUCUCGACUCGGCCGCGCGAACGCACGAAGCUUUCCCAGUCGCAUGUGUCUCAACACUCGACGGUAGCGCCUUCGGUGCACUACAACGAGCGCAAGCAGUCUGUGGCGACGCUCGGCUCUUCCCACCGAUCUUAUGGAGGGCGAUCGAACACGUCUGGCGGCUCGUCGAACUUCCGAGCGGAAGACUACCCGAUGCCGGCGAUGCCGUCCGGUCCUUAUCGCUCAGCGCCGUCGCGUGCUGGGCGGCAGGGCAGUGACACUAGCGGACUCGGAAGCUUCGGCAAGAAGAGUAGCAUCAGCGGGAUCCACAUGGUAGAGGCGUUCGAGUCCUUCGGUAAGACUCCCGCAGAGGAGGCUCUGAAGGUCGUCUUCCACUCUUUCAGGGAACUGGCUGAGAAGAAGAUGAAGAAGGUCACUUCUAAGCCUUUGGGCGUGGAUUCCACUUUCGAUGACACUUUGAACCAGCUGGCAAAUUGCUCACGACGACACGCUCGACGGGUGCUUGACGUUCUGAGUUCGUGGUGCCGUGUUCAGUGCGAGCCAAUGAUUGCUGCGGAGGUUAGGAACCAGCUCAAGCAAUCGAUGGUGCAGCUGCGGCCGGACGAGGCCGCCUACAUUCUCAACAGCCGCAAAACCUCUGCGGCCAAGUACAUGUACUACCGAGCCCUGUUCGGUAUCGUUCAAUCUGUCCCGCCGCAAGACCUGGGAGAAGACGUCGCUCUCAACCUCGAGAACGCGGCUUUUAACCUGUUCAAGUCGGAGCGGCCGGACGAUUACAUCAGGAAGGACCUCUCAAAUCUGUUGGUGGACUUCCUCGGCGAGCUCUCCAACAGCCGCUUCCUCACCGUCAGCGAACGGUUCACCCACGAAAUUGGAACUCUGAACGCUGCCGCGCCGAAGGACCUCGAUGCCCGAGUAGAGCACAUUUUGAAGGGUGUGCGGCACCUGAAGCUGAAGGUCUAUCCGGACGAUAACCUCGAGAUGGCCUCAGAGUUCUUGCAAACGCUCUCUGUGUUCUUCGUGAACGCUCACGGCAACUCCCUCAAAAGCGCUUUUGCGGAGACCUUCACGCAUCUGCUGCACCCCGUCAUUGAGAGCGCCACGGCCGAGGUCAACCAUCCGCUGUGGUCCAAGGCAGUGGCAACUGUUUUGCAGCGUGCAAUGGUCAUGGCAUCCAAGCCUCGCUAUUGGAAUGUGGCAUUCCCACUUGUCGUGGUCGCGCUCAGCGUGUCCCCUCGUGAAGUGUUCAUGGAGCACUGGCAGGCGUGCAUUGACUCCAUUUCCUCCAAGACGAAGGACAGGACAAGUCGAGCCGUUGGCAUGAACGCUUUUGUGCGACUGCUCUGGGUCUAUCUCAAUCGCUGUCCGGAGAGUUCUACUUCAACGAGACGACGACUAGAAGGUCUCCUCCGAAACCACUUCCCGGUCAACACUGGUCAGCUCCUGCCAACGGAUCUGCCUCUGGAUCCGUUCGUUGCAAUCUUGCACUACGUAAUGGCCCGGCAGUUCGACUUUGGUCAGGAGCUCGUUGCCGAGUUCCUCCUGGACUGUGUGCCGCCUCGAGCUGCCGAUGGCUCCGCAGGCGAAGUUAUGUUCCCGGAACGUGCGUAUGUUGCUGUUCAGGCUGCCACGAAGACGCUCGAGUGUCUGGCAGCGAACAACCCAGUCAGCCUGCCUAAAAGCGCUGAUUUUACGACGUUCGACUUCGAUGCUAUCGAUUGCCCCAACCUGCCUGAGUCGAUUCACAACAUCCCCGAGGCGGAUGAGUUCCUGAAGCGCUGUGGGCCCAUGAUCAUUAAUGUGCUCCUCAGCUGCGACCGGACGGUGGGCAGUGUACUCCUAUCUGGUGAUACGGUGACCAUCGCGGCACAUGCCUCUAGCGCCGGUUGGGAGGGAUCAGGCGAACAGGUUACUCGCAAGCAUGGCGACGUGCACGUUGGAUACCCGAAGCAGAACGAGUCAACAUUCCGACUGCUUGCUGCGGUGUUGGAGACGCUGCCGUUUUUGCUACCGACAUCGAAUGUCACGAGCAGCAACGACAACAUCAUCAAUAUCCUUUGUCGGGCGACGUUCUCCGCCGAUCCCAUGGUGUGCGACGUGGCGUCGCGAACCAUGCGCAGAGUAGCGCAGGACCCGGAGAUCGGGCGGUCCCUUGUGGAUCGAUAUCGCCAGUUCAUAUUCGAGACGAGACACGUGUUCCGCGACCAGUUCAUCGGUACGCGUCUUCUCGAGUCUCAGCUCGUCCGCGUCGUCAAGGUCUGGGUGGACGUCCUUGAGACGCUUGCGACGCACCAGCGGUCCAUGGAGAACCCGGUACCCUUCGACGCCGAAUACGUCAACAAAGUGGACGGCGCCGGCUUGUUCUUGUUGUGCUCGUCCAGCCAGAACCUCAGACAACUUGCACUUCCCGUGUUUGCGGCCGCACGCGACUUCACAGGCGAAGCACGUGGGCCGUCGGAGCCAUUCCGCUACAGCAGAGUUUUGCUCGAGAAGCCCCCCAUCUCCUGCGUCCUGCAGAUGUACGAGGGCACAGUCGAGGAGUCUGACUAUAUCGCCCUGUCAAGACUCGCGGCGUUCACGGAGCAGGACCGGGCACGUCUCGCCGCCAUCCGAGUACCGAAGCUCAUUCAGCACAUCGCCGAAAGCCAGCAGAGCAAGGAUGCGGCACUGUGGGCUGUCAUCCUCCCCGCGUUCAUCGGAAAGGUGUACGACAGCCUCCCGAACAGCGUCGUCGAGCUGCGCUCCGUACUCGCGAGUACGGUUGUGCGCAACAUCUCCCACCUCAGCUCUGUAGCGAACUCGCGCAACCCCAGGUUACACACGAAUCCAUCUGCUGUGAACCGCACGACGUCUGAUCCUGCUAUCUUGGCCGAUCAGUGGCGGCUCUACUUCUCCGUGCUCUGUGCUGUGGUAGACCCUACGAAGUCUCUGCCCACACCUCGUAAGCUGGACGCCACCAUGUCUCCCGAGGUUGUGAUUUCUCCCGCCAUCUUCCCGUUCCUCAUCCGCGUCAUGGAGUCAGAGGACAAGCGGUUCCAGGACGCUGCUGUGUAUUCGCUAGGCUCGAUUCGCCUUCCAGCGCUCAGCCAACUGUCAGAGGCCUUACUCUACCACGUUCGUCGACUUUACGACCAGAACGGUUCUCGCAACGAGCCUAGGGGGCAAACGAGGGAGAGCCCUACCAUGCGCCGGCCCUCCUUAUCUGGCGUACAGUGGACGGCUGCAGCCCAUGUGUUCCGCCUCGUGUCGCCGCUCAUCAUCGACGGCCGUUCCCCGAAUCAUCUCGCGAAUCUGUCCAAUCUCAUCGGCUUCGUGAAGAUCACCUUUAACCUUCUCGCUGAGCCCCUGGUCCAGGUGGACUACGACUUGCAGAGUCUGCGGCGCUACUUCUGUAUUGUCGUAGACAACCUCUCGACUGCGCUCGGCCAGCUCGGCGGAAGCGACCGAUUCUUCAGCCCGGACACUCGUGCCGGCAUCUUUAAACUCUGUUACGACUGGUGCAACGUCGGACGCCGCCCUGAUAUCGCCAAGGCGCGCGUGUCGCACACACUCCAGCAGGCCGCGGACUCGUACCGCGGAGACGACAAGGCUCAGUACGUCGACGUCCUGCAGUCGAAAAUGAAAUUACUCUCAGCCGCCUCUGCGGAGGCGAUGGCCAGCCUGUGUCUGGGCCGACUGAUCAGUGCGCCGGAAACGGUUCCGUCGCAGACGGAUCACAUCGUCGACCCCUUAAUGGUCCUCCGCUGGAUUCGAGGCAUGUUCCAAACAUCACAGAGCUCGAACCACGACACGGCCCGCAAGGCUCUUUCCGCCCUGAUCAAGUACAACUGGGACGUCCCUCGACUCUCAGACGAAGUCUUGCAUCAGUCUUUUGGCGAAGGCGAGCAUUUCUCUCUCGAUGCCAGCUUCUUCGGCAUCCUCGCGGACGUCAUCAGCGACGGUACCAUCAAGCUGCCGCCAGCCCAGCGCGCGUGCCUGUCGCUGUCGAAGCUUGGCCACCCCGUAGCGGCAGUGCGCCAGCGUGCGUUCCAGCUCGCAGUCUGGCUCUUUGACGACCCCGAUGACCAGCUGUCGGUUUCUGGCCUCCUGCCCCUUGUCGGCAGUGCGGCACCCAAUGUGUACCGUAGCGCCCAGCUCGAGAUGGCCACCAAGCUCGCUAACUUGUAUCCACAGCUGGCGUUCCCCUUCCUGACUGAGUGCACCAAGCGCCUCGGACAGCUGGAAGCGCCCCGCCGACAGGCUACUCUCAGCAUUCUUCCGCCGUUCCUGAAGGUCCUAGAACUCGAGGCGGACACCUCAGAGCUUGGCCCGGAGGAGAUCGCCCUCGAGCAUCAAUCGCUCCUGAACAUCAUGUACCUCGUGGUCCGGUUCAGCGCAGACCACCUGGACGAGGUGCGCGAGAUCCUGCUCAGCUUCGCCGGUACAGGACAGUCGCGGAACACGAGGGCUCUCAUCAAGUUCCUCUUCGAGCAGGGCGCAAAGCGUGGUAGUCCGGACUUUGUGCAGCAUGCGCAGCAGAUCAUCGCGGCUCUCGCCAACUCGCCGGUCGGAGACGUCAUCUUUGAGGAGAUCUGCAGCUUCGUCCACCCUUCGGAUAUGGCAUCCGCUGCCCAGACAGAUGUGCCCGAAAGCCCUAACACGUCUCUGGCCAACUUGGACGCUCUUUUCACCAGCACCCUGCGGACCAAACCGCUGUCGCAGGGACAAAUGGCGCUGCUCUUUGCGGGCGAAUUACUACCCCAUCGUCUCAGCGACCCCUCGCUCCGAACGCGGCUGCCGACUCUGCUGCACGUCGCCUUCAUUCACUGCGACGAUCCGAACACAUCCAUGCGCGAGUCGGCGCAGGCCGUGCUGUUCCAGGUCCUCCGUGCUUGGAUCAGCGACCACACGAACAUCCAGAACAUGCCUCCGGCGGAGCGUGCCGAGAUCUGGAACGGGGCCGAGAUGAUGACGAAUAAGCUGUCGCGUCAUAAAGCAGACCUGUUCUGGUCUUAUGACGAUGCCGGCAGCUCGCAGACCUUUGCUCACGCACCGACGCCGAUGUCGACACUCCUGUUCAAGAUCCUCGGCAUUUUCCAGCAGCUCCAACCAACGCUGCGCAAGCAGUGGGGCACGCUCGCGCUGAACUGGGCCACGUCGUGCACGAUCCGUCACCUCGCGUGUCGCUCGUUCCAGGUCUUCCGUGUUCUUGCCCUCGACAUCACUCCACGCAUGGUCUCUGACGUUCUCGCGCGCCUGUCCAGUACGAUCGCGAGCUCAUCACCCGAGAUCCAGGCUUUCAACAACGAGCUCCUGCGCACAUUUGCCUGCAUCGUGCGCUCCAAGUCCGAGGACGAGAUGCGCAACUUCCCUCAGAUCUUCUGGUGCGCCGUUGCGUGUCUCACGACACCAUACGAGGCUGAGUUCAACGAGGUCGUCGACCUUCUGUCGCAUACCCUCGACAAAGCGAACUUGGCCGACCCGGCGGUCGUAUCGCACCUCGUUUCAUUCCGCCCCUCGGAUCUCACUGGACCACCGCCUCACCUGCAGUCGCUCCUGCUCAUGGGCCUCCGGUCAUCUACCACGGACAUGAUGACAUUCGACGUGCUGCGCCGUCUCACCAGUGUCCCAUCAUCCGAGCUCAUCGACGAGGAAGACGGUCGCCUGCUCCACGGCUUCGCCGCGGCGCUGCCCUGGAUGCUGCACUCCACCGACCUCGGAGAACCAAACGAAGAGCUGGCAGGCAUGGCGACCGACCUCGCAGACAUUGCUGAGCGGCGCGGCAACGCUAGCCUCGCCCGCCUCUUGACCUCGUUUGCCCGCAACCGCUUCCGCGCAAAGGAUGACUUUAUCCGACAGGCGGCACAGUUGCUGCGUGACUUCCUGAAGUCACAACCUCUCGAGCUUGUGACUAUACUGCUCGGCUUCACCCUCAAUCACAACGACUGGAUGAGGGAGAAGAGCUUGCAAAUCCUCAAGCUCGUUCUGGCGUACCCCGAGGCCGGACCCGCGCUGUCGCCCCACGCGCGCGAACUCUCUCGCCCGCUUCUCCGCUUGGUCUCGACGAAGCAUGUGUCGAGCGCGCUCGAGGUCCUUGACCUCCCGCCGUUCAACAACAUAGACGCAUCGGGACCGGACACGACCGACCCCAUCUUCGGACCUAUCGAGUCCUCCGGCUGGUCUGUCCCGAACGCAAGUGAGCGGUCCGAGGUGACUCGCUCCAAUGUGCAAGCAGUCUUCAACACUUGCGCCGUCGAGAGUCGUGCUGCCUCUGCGCACUUCUCGGUGUUGCAGUUCUCGGACCUGGCCAACGGCAAGAACGGCAGCAACCCGAACAUCGACGGCAAGGGUCACAUGAAGAGCGUCAAUGCUUCGAACUCGGAUGCCUGGCCGUCGAACGGCAGCCUCAUCGAGAUGCCGAGCCCGCCAGUGUCUGUGCCCGACAACGCCUCCAUGGGGGACCUUGUCGGCGCGCUGCACAGCUUGAACCUCUUUUUCGACGACAGUCUUGAUCAGCCAUCUAAUGGCACGACAUCGCCCCUGCAAACGCGGCGCAAGAACUUUGGCAGCUUUGGUCGUGCCUCGUCCUCCGAGUCACUAGCGAUGCCGAUGCAGGAUCCUCGCGUGCGCGCGAUAAUGACGCGGGGCACGCGCUCGCCUACGGCGCACUUGCAGGACUCGGCGUACAAGGCAACAGCAGCCGCACGCUCGACCGAGAGCUUCGCCACAGCCGUCUCGGACGGGUACUACACCGUGCCCGGAGAGGGGCCAGUCGCGGCAUCCAGCGCCCCCGUCGUCGGUGGGUAUAACGCGUACUCGUCGUCUCGCGCUGGGUCGCGCAUGGGCGACCGAGCCAACGACAAUCUCAACGUGACCGGCCAUGCGCCGCACAACCCCUCCUUCUCUAGCGAAAGCGAGUUCGACCUGAACCCCAGCGCGGAGCAGUUCUGGCUCGAUGAGCACCCGCCCAACGGUGUCAACGGCCUCAUCCGGCCCUGGGAGGACGAACAAAAUCGCAACCACCCAAACCCAACGUCCACACUCUCUACCCCAACCACCACCACAUUCUCUGCUACACCCACAUCGACCUCCACUGCAGCAACAACCAUUGAAACCACCCCAUCAAGAUCACCGCCAGCCUGUCCCCAUUUCCUGCCCUCUCACACCUGCAAGCCCAAUCUCGCUCUCGAGCUGACAGCCCACGCCGACGGACUACUCUGUCGGGCCAACCGAGUGCCUCACGCCCGCGUCCUCGGUACCGCGACGGCACAGUGA